GCCGAUACGCGCGCUCUCGUGGGCGUACUCGUGUUCGCGUUCCUCUCGAUCCUCACGCGUUCCCGUUCUCGUAAAGAUCUUUAAAAAAUGCCGAACCUGCUAAGGAAGGAGAAGGUGCGUCUGUCACGGUAGUUCUCUCGUGUCGCGCGGUGGUGUCUUUAGAACGUUGCCACCAAAGUUUUUCUUCACACGCGAUCGGUCUGUCUACGGAUCAGUCUGUCUCUAUUCAUCCCCUCUCUAUCUAUCUUUUGCUGUGUGUGUCUCUCUUUCUCUCUCUCUCUCUUUCUUUCUCUUUCUCUCUCUCUCUCUCUUUUUCUCGGAGCUGCGCGACGCGAAUGGUGUUUCUCCACGGCAGAGAGAAAGAGCGAAGAAGGAAGGAGCAAAAGAAAGAAGGGAGCUAGCGUGUGUGCGCGCGCGAGAGAGAGAGAGAGAGAGAGAGAGAUUGCACCGGGGGAACAACCCCGGCGGCCUUAGCUACUCAAGGGUGUAGUAGCAUGGUGAAGACCGCCGUCUUGCUCGUUUCUUGACCCGACCGUUCGUAUACGUCGCAAAAUCGGCUCUUCAACUAUCUGUCCGUUGCGAAAAAAAAGGUUCGCUCCGCUCUAGUAAGAGUCCCCGACUCGUACGGAAUCCAUCGUCGGCCUAUUAAAGCGGUCGUGUGAGUUUCGACUACUCUCUCGCGUGUCUCGGGCCCCGUCGCACACGAUACAAUAAUGGAAACGUCGUCGAAGACCAGCAAGGACAAGGGAAAGAACGGCAACAAGGAUGUCGAGGCCGGCGACGAGACGAACAAAGUGUCAGGAGGUCCUCCACAUGGCAAUGCCUCACCUCCACCGACACUCAUCAACAAAGUCAAGUAUCAACCUGGUGGGCCUGUAAUCAAAAAGGAUAAAAGACAAAGCAGCUCGAGAUUCAACAUAUCAAAGAACCGAGAACUUCAGAAGCUACCGCUCUUGGCAGAGACGCAACAAGGCAAUGAAAGGGAAGAACUUUUCAUACAGAAGUUACGUCAGUGCUGCGUACUCUUUGACUUUGAGUCUGAUCCAUUGUCAGACUUAAAAUGGAAGGAGGUAAAGCGUACGGCGCUUCAUGAAAUGGUCGAAUUUGUUACCAAAAAUAAAAAUGUUAUUACCGAAGCAAUCUAUCCAGAAGCAGUGAAUAUGUUUGCUGUGAAUUUGUUUCGAACACUUCCACCAUCUUCGAAUCCAAACGGUGCUGAAUUUGAUCCGGAAGAAGAUGAACCUACUUUGGAAGCGGCAUGGCCUCAUUUGCAAUUAGUAUAUGAGUUCUUUCUAAGAUUGUUGGAAUCUCAAGAUUUCCAACCAUCUAUUGCACGACGUUAUAUAGAUCAAAAGUUUGUCUUACAAUUAUUAGAAUUAUUUGAUUCUGAAGAUCCUCGGGAAAGAGAUUUCCUUAAAACAACUCUUCAUAGAAUCUAUGGAAAGUUUCUCGGUUUAAGAGCAUAUAUCAGGAAACAAAUAAAUAAUGUUUUUUAUCGAUUUAUAUAUGAAACUGAACACCAUAAUGGUAUCGCCGAACUUCUUGAAAUUUUAGGAAGCAUUAUAAACGGUUUCGCUUUACCAUUGAAAGAGGAACAUAAAGUUUUUCUUUUAAAAGUGCUAUUACCUUUGCACAAAGCUAAAUCGUUAUCAGUUUAUCAUCCACAAUUAGCAUAUUGCGUCGUUCAAUUUUUGGAAAAGGAUCCAUCUUUGACAGAACCCGUAAUUAGAAAUUUAUUGAAAUUUUGGCCAAAAACACAUUCUCCCAAGGAAGUCAUGUUUCUUAACGAAUUGGAAGAAAUUUUAGAUGUAAUAGAACCAGCUGAAUUUCGAAAAGUACUGGACCCGUUGUUUAGACAAUUAGCAAAAUGCGUUUCGUCUCCACAUUUUCAAGUUGCUGAGAGAGCCCUUUAUUAUUGGAACAAUGAAUACAUAAUGUCAUUGAUAUCAGAAAACUAUUCUGUGAUUUUACCGAUCAUGUAUCCAGCUUUCUACAGAAAUUCGCGAAAUCAUUGGAAUAAAACGAUUCACGGCUUAAUUUAUAAUGCAUUGAAGCUAUUCAUGGAGAUGAAUCAAAAAGUAUUUGAUCAGUGUACUAAUCAGUACCAUCAGGAUCGUCAAAGAGAACGUAAGCUUAUGAAAGAUAGAGAUGAAGCGUGGAUGCGCGUAGAAGCGUUAGCAAUGAGACAUCCACAUUAUAAUAUGGCAAUUACUACUAAAAGUACACCGAACAUUCCAUACAGUUUGACGCAACAUUUAGAUAGUCCUCCACCCGAUGAAGAUGGUGACACGGAUCAAACUCCGCUUACUUUAGAAAAGAUCGAAGCUAAGGCAAACGAGGCGAAAAAAAUAACAAAUGUGAAUACAAUGAAACCACUUCUACGAAGGAAGAGCGAUAUACCACAAGACUCCUACACAAUACGGGCAUUGUCUGAUCACAAGCGAGCUGACGAAUACCUUGUAACACCGCCCGAUCCGAAUAAUUGCUAGUCCUUACCCUAUUCUCUUCCGAUGUAUCCCCUAUUUUGUUGUAGUAAAAUCACAAGUUAGCUCUUUUCGGGAGAUGGAAAAACGGCGAUAACAUAACCUUGGCAGUUAAGUCUGCCUUAGAGAGCCUUAUUGUGCGGAAUCAAUAACACUUAACGUAUAUUAGAAUUUUGUUUGCUCGUGUUAGAGAAAAUAUUUUCCUCUUGUUACUCCCUUAGAUUAUGAGAAUGUGAAGAUUCGCAUGAGAGUAAUAAUGUCCAUUUGAUGCAUGUAGAUCACUUAUUUCCUUUCUCGAUACAGACCGUGCUAAUUUAAGAAGUUGUUAAAAAGGACAAAAAAAAGAUAUUAAAAAUGUGUAUUGUUCGAGGUAAAAAUGCGGUAAACGAAGGGCUCUAAAUUCAUUAGUCAUGAAAUAUUUAGCACAAAGGCAUUUAAAAUGCUAGUUUAUGCUCUAUAUAUAUAUAUAGUAUGCUCUAUAUAUAUAUAUAUACACACAAACACCACAUACAUACACAUACACAUACACACAAAAGAUAUAUAUAGUAUCAUUGGUAUAAAUGACAUUAUUAAUGCUGUGGUUUUCAUGAACUUGGUAUAUUCUAGGAAAGAUUUUAUACAAACGAGGAUACGGAAGACGGAAGGAGCAGUAUCAUCGAUAACGUUUUACUCGGUGUUAUCAUUAAAUUAUGCUAAGCGAAGCGAGCUUGUUGUGUUAAUAACUAAGAUAAAUGAAGUUUUACGUUUACGUGUA